AUGGACGACAGUGAGAGUUGUAUCCUGGUUGGAUACUCACAGCAAGACACCCCUCCUCCUGGUGAUGUUGGCGCUCCCCCAGAAUCUGACGAGAUCAGCGACAUCAUGCGUGAAGUCGAGAAUCUCCGAGCUGGUCGAGGGGACGUCACGCCUCAGCCUCACCUAACAUUCCCCUUGUCUCCAAACAACUUGAAAGUCCUUGAGGAGAAGUUUCGAGACGACUGGUUUUGGAACGAGAAACUACACUGGGAAUAUUCUGGCUUGACGGCCGAAUUUGUCAUCAAGAUGCUAUCGCAACCCCAGCAGGUCGUCGUCUCGAGUGUCGGUUUCAACAUCGAAAGCCAGUUCGAAGUCUUCCGCUCCGCAAGUGAUGACAAGGUCGCAAAAUUCGGACAAGACUUUUAUGGAAUAGGCAGUUCCCACGUGAAACCGUGCUACGAAGGCCUACUAAGCAAACGCUGUCCCGACUUAUCCUGGGCACACUGGGGUCACUCCUUCUAUCCGGGCCUCGUGAUCGAGGUAGGCUACUCGCAGACACGCAAAUCGAUGGAAAAUCGCGUGUUCGAUUAUUUCUACGGGUCAAAAGGAAAGAUCAAGAUUGUGAUCAGCAUUGAUCUAAAACCCUCAAAGAAGUCGAAGAAAGCCUCUAUUGAGAUGUGGAAGUCAUCAGUUCGACGACAGGGCACCAAACUAGAGAUCGAUUACAAAUUGCAUGCAACAUCGGAUUUUCGAAAUGAUGAUGGAUCCCCAAACCUCGAUUCUGGCGUCAGGUUCACUUUGCAGGAAAUUGCGCCAGAUGCUCCAGGCGCGGAGGGAGUUGGGAAUUGUUUCAUGGAAAUCACGGGCAAUAAACUCUACGAGGCCUUGUGUCGUGGCGAGAAAUCUCUGGCUGCCGAGGAAAGAGGACUGAAAGAGGCACAAAGCAUCGAAAUUGCGCCUCCCCGCCACUUGACACUCGGUCGUGCAGAGGUCAUGGAGCAAUAUCCUGAUCUCGACUAUCAGUAUGAUUAG